AUGGCGUCUUCAACUUCAUCCACUCACAAGAGCUUCACAUAUGACGUGUUUUUGAGUUUUCAAGGCGAAACCCGUAAAAGCUUCGUUGAUCAUCUCUAUUUUGCUCUUCAACUUAGAAACAUUCGAACUUACAAAGAUGAUGACGAAAUCAAGAAAGGAAGGAAGAUCAGUGAUGAGCACAUCAGAUCCAUUAAAGACUCAAAGUUCUACAUCAUUGUUUAUUCCAAGAAUUAUGCGUCUUCAUCAUGGUGCCUUGACGAGCUUGUAAAUAUUAUGGAGUGCAAUAAGACGAAUGGCAAGCAUGUAGUUUACCCGAUCUUUUUUGAUGUGGAACCCUCUGAAAUCAGCAAACUAACUGGGACGGUUGGAAAGGCCUUUGAAAAACAUGGAGAGAAUAACUCUGCUAAGAAAUGGAAAGGAGCUCUAAAAGAAGCAGCCAAUGUGUCUGGAUGGCACUUAUGGAACACAUGUGAUGGGUAA